AGUAUGAGGCGUUGGCCGGUGGCCUCAGAUUAGUCGGACACUCGGAAUAAAAAGGAUGAAGAUCCGUUCCGAUUCGAGUCUAGUGGUUGGACAGGUCAAUGGUGAGAUGGAAGUAAAAGAGGAUCGGCUGGCCCGGAAUAGUGAUCUGGUCCGAGCGCUUCUAAGGGAAUUGGAAGAGUUUCGUCUGACUAGGAUACCCCGGUCGGAAAACGCUGAUGCAGAUAUGCUUUCAAAAUUAACACAAGCCUGCCCGGAGCAUGUGUCGAAGUUGGAGAAAAUUGAGAUCAUGGACGUGCCGAGUACAGACCGGUUUGAAAUCGCGGCUAUCCAACCGGGCCAGAAUUCGGCUACCGGGACAAUCGGAGCAGAUGAUGACUGGAGGCACGAUCUCAUGCAAUAUUUGGAGACCGGUCAGAAACCGGAUGACGAGGAACGGGCCAGGAAGGUGAUCCUGCGGGCUCCCCGUUUUCAGGUAAUCGAUGGUCACUUGUACAAAUGUGCCAUCGGUGGACCUCUCUUACGUUGCCUUACCAACCCAGAGGCUGAACGGGUAAUAGCUGAGGUGCAUGAGGGAGUUUGUGCGGCCCAUCAAAUGUCUUGCACCCUGGCCCAAAGGAUAAUAUUGCUUGACUACUACUGGCCGACCAUUGUGGGGGAUUGUGAGCG